GUGUGUUGGAGAUUUAAGCUGUCCACUUGUCUGUGGUAGAUUAGUAAACAAGAAGAAAUGAGUAAACGCCCUUUAGCGUGUAGCUCAGCAUCUGUCACAUCUUUCCACUCUGCUGUUACCACUCUCGAAUAUAACUUUGACAAACGUACACGCGGUUUUAUUUCCACUGCCGCUCCACCUUUUACAAUUUUCACCACUGCAAAUCCAAUCAGCUCUUGUUUUGGAAGAAGUGACAUUUACGUACGCGCGUACCUCGUCGUUCACGUUAAGAAGAGCUGGACCACAAUGUCAAUAUUCUUGCCUUUAAUUUUGCAUCAAAUUUUAGAGCAGACUUCAAUUGCAAGCAGUUUAACCAUGGGCCAACCAAUGUCCCAUCCCGAGCCGCGUAUGUCUACGCUGAUUGCACUGGUGCGAGGUGCCAACAGGGCAGCGAGACGUAUCCUGAACUCCAACCCCCACGACAUUCAGGUUGCAGAACGAUACAACGACCUGAUGCACCUUAGGAGGGCAUUCAACAGAGUGAUGUUGAGGCAGAUGACUGGCGCGAUGACACGGGACGAAGAUUUGGCCACCGAUAGGGAAACGUUCGAACAAUAUUAUUACGAAGCGAGGGAAAUUCUGUGGAGACUCCUGGAAAGGAACAACCGGAACCCUAGGGAACGAUCCGAUCUGGAAAGAGAACACAUAGGAGAGCACCUUGAGCCACCGCCACUACGUUUACACAUUUUGGAAACGCUUCUUGGCGCUACAUGGAGGAUCGCUUUUGACGUUACCAGUGGCAGUAUGGACUUCCGCUACGAACCUCAACAGACAAACGUUCUACCCCGAUAAAAAAAGAGCUUUUCGAUAUGUAUGAGAUGUCUUGUUGACAAAGCUUAAGUA